GCGCGCGUGCCCAUCGGGUGCGAUUACCGCCGUCGGCCCUUCGGGUGCGGGGCCGCCCGCAGCGAGGCCUCUGAUCGCGCGCGGGAGCCUCCCACAAGCACGCGCGCAGCACUCGCCGCCGCCGCGCCCGACGGGGUCGGCGCCGUCGCGGGGCGGGGCGUGCAGCCCGCCGCCUCCCACGAGGUGCCCGUCGCCGCCCACUGGCAAAGCAGCGGCGCCGUUGGACGGGCCGCAGGCGCCCUGCGGCCUGGCGAGGGCUGGUGGCCGGCGGCCACGCUGCCGCAGAGGCUGCCCGUGAGCCUCGGGUGGUGCCAGGAGAGUGGCACUGCCCCCGCCCCAAUGCCGAGCCCAGAGGCGUGGACGGCCCCUUCGCCGAGCCUGCCGCUGGCCUCCGCAGGGCCGCCGGCCAGCCCAGCGCCCGAGACGCCUGGGUCGCCAGGACGCUUGCUGCGGACUCCUGCGUUCCCGCCACCGCCCUUGCAGGGCGCGGCAGCCUGCCAACCGCACGAGCUGAACAUCGGACUUCCGGGACUGCUGCAGAGGAUGCUCAGCGGCGAACCAGCCCAGAAAGGGCUGCCGCCACACGGCGCGUGUGUAGGCGGCUGGGCUUGCGGCGGCGCGGAGCACAACCCCGCGCUGCCGCCAGGCGCACUUUCGCCACCAGGCGCGUCGUUGCCCAGCCCGCAGCACUCGGGCGCGCUGCCACCCGGCGUGCCGCCGAUCGCCGCGCCGCUGCAGCCGUUCGCCCCGCCGCCAGGGGUGCCUUUGCCAUUUAGCAAGCCGUGGCCUGGCGGGCCGCAUGGCGGCUGGCCCUUGGGGCCCGGGGCGGGCGGGCCACAAGAAGCGCCACCCGCCAGCCCCGGGCUACCGAGGCGCUUCGCGAGUCUGCCCCUGCCACUGCCAGCGCCGCAACCCCCGGCCCCGGGGUUAGGGUCGAACAUGUCGCUCUCCGCACUGCCGCUGGCCGCGUCGGCCCCGCCGCUCGGGGCGCCGCUGCCGCCCUCGCCCGUGCCGCCAGCCAAAGCGCCACCGCCACCUGUCCCCGAGCGGAGGCUCAGUUUCCACGGCUUGCAGGGCCCCGCAGCGGCCGUAGUAAGUGGCGGCUGUGCCUCCUCGUCUUUCAGGGCCGCCUCGCCACCGCCAGGCAGCGGCUUGUGCGGUCAGCGCAGCCCGCCUCUCGGCCAGCGGCUGCCGCGAGCGUCCUGGGGCAGUGGUGGCGAUGGGCUUGGUAUGGCACCGGCUUGGGCUCCCCAAGGCGCCCCCGCGGUGUACAAUGGCGUUUGCCAGGCGCAGGCGUCCCCCGCGGGCUCCAACGAGUCCGCGUGGACGGACAUGGAGGAGGAGGAGCGGGUGCUGCAGGAGCUGGAGCGCAAGCCCGAGGAGGAGAAGUCGGCCAUCGUGCUCUUCGCUGAGGGCCUGCUCGAGCAGCGGGUCAGCCGCGAGAAGAGCAGGAAGCGCGAGCAGGCGCAGCUUCUCCAGCUUCAGCUGGGCUCGCUGGCGGCCCGCGCCGGCCAGUCGCAGCUGGCCUGCCAAGCUGCGCCCCAGCCGGCUGCGCCGUGGCAGCCGCUGGGCCAGCCGCUGG